CUUCCUCUUUAUUUACUUCCUCUUUAUUUACUUCCUCUUCUGGAUACUUUUCAUCUUCAAUCUUCAUUCUUUUCAUAAUAAUUCUUUCUUUCUUUCUUUCUUUCUUUCUUUCUUUCUUUCUUUCUUUCUUUCCCUUUUUUCCUUCAUUUCCUCUUCCUCUCCCCGAGGUCUGUUCUCCUCAUCCUUAUCCCACCCCUCAUCUUCCUCUUUUACUUCCUCUUUGUUUUCUCCUUGACUGUUUGUCUUCUUUGUGAUUAUGCUCUUCUUCAUCCUCUUCCUCACUGUUCUUUUCAUCUUCCCCUUCAUUCUUUUCCUGUCCUUCUCUCUAUCCUCCUCAUGCUCUUUCUCUUUUACCUUUUAUUUCUUCCCCACUUCACUUUCACUUUGAUCAGGCUCAUCAUCCUCUUGUCCUUCCUCCUCUUCUAUCUUCUUUCCUUCUCCCAGUCUUCAUCUUUAUUUUCAUUUUCUCUGCUGUUAAUUGACUUCAAGAUGAAAUUUGUCUUUAAUUUUACACAAAAUGUUACAGAAACUCAGCUCUGUGUGUGUGAGAUGAGGAUGAGGAGCUGAUGUGAUGCUGGGAGGAGAGACAACAGGCGCACACACACACACACACACACACGCACACACACACACACACACACACGCGCACACACACACACACACACACACACACACACACACACACACACACACACACACACACACACACACAGAGACACACCCCAAACUCAGAUCAGCAGCUGUAGGAGUCGUUUGAACUCAACACCCUCAACAUUAAACACAGCAGAAGGGAAAAGAGUCGCCACGUAAAGGAAGUGAAGAAGAAGGAGAAGCUUUUUCUUAUUCCUGAUUUGGAAAAUUCUGAAGUUUUUAUUUCUACAAUAAUAACAAUAAAAGAGAGAGAGAGAGAGAGAGAGAGAGAGACUCAUCUACCCAGCAAAAUGUCAGUUGCUGUGUCUAAUAGCUGUGUUGUGUUUUUUGUCCUCGUCUCCAUCCUGUCUCUCACUCACGUCUCAUCUACAGACACUGAGAACUUCAACUACUUCACAAUUCCAGAAUACACUGAGAACUUCAACUACUCCACUUUUCCAGAAGACACUGGGAUCGACAACGACUCCACAAUUCCAGAAGAUGUUUUCAUGUUCAUCAUCACAAAUGAAACUAUUGCAGAAAGGGAGAAGAAGCAAAUUCAAGCAGCCACCACGGUUCUCCUGGUUCCUCUUCUCUACCUCAUCUCAUUUGUGUUUGGUUUCCCCUCUAACCUUCUGGCGCUGUGGGUUCUUCUCUUCCGCACAAAAAAGUUUCCAUCCACCAUUCUGUUAGUGAACCUCACCUGCUGCGACCUUCUUCUUCUCCUCAUGCUUCCCUUUCGCAUCAUCUACCACUUCCAGGGAAACAACUGGAUGUUUGGCGAAGGCUCCUGCCGCUUGCUAAUCGCUCUGUUUUACGGGAACAUGUACGGCUCGGUGGUUUGCCUGGCACUCAUCGCUGUGGACCGUUACGUGGCUGUGGUGCAUCCGUUUGGUGCCAGAAUGCUACGGAGCGUCAAGACGUCCAUGUUGAUGAGCGUGAUGGUGUGGACCAUGGUGCUGAUUGCAGCUGUCCCUAUGCUCGCUUCACGUCAAUCUUACUUCAUCAAAGACCUUUCGAUCACAACUUGCCAUGACGCUCUUCCUGAAGAGGAACAGAAGAAAUACAUGGUGCCAUAUUUUGCCACACUCUUCUUCCUCUGCUUUCUCAUCCCGCUAUUUGUUGUUGUCUUCUGCUACAGCGCUGUACUGCGCACCCUAGUGGCCGCUGGUGCUCGCUACACCCACGCAACCCGAGUCACGGCACUCAUGUUGGUGGUUUUCAUCGUCUGCUUGCUCCCCAGUAACGUUCUCCUGCUCAUGCAUUACUCCAAAUGGUUAUACUCACCUAAGAGCACGAAAGGUCAUGAUGGUAGCUCUGACAACUCCGACCAACUCUACGUGCCCUACAUGAUCAGUCUCGCUAUCAGCACCUUUAACAGCUGCAUCGACCCCUUUAUCUUCUACUAUGUCUCCGAGGACUUUAGAGGAAAAGUGGGAAAGUUGCUGUGCUGCACAAAAAACAGCUACAAAUCUUCUUCUGGAAGUUCCUCAGGGACGACAAGGUCAAAGGUCACGCUGUUGUCGGAAAAAAGUAAAGGACUUUCAGAGAAAGAUACCAUAAACUUGUAAAGUGGUCAAGGGGAGGAGUCACGAUGACAAGAACGUAGACAAAAAUUAAACACUCGACUUUAAUAUGAGUCCGUAGAGCUUUUGUUAGUGAGCUGCCAGGCAUUAUAUCUUGUUUGCACCUGUGCUAGCAUGCUAUGUAGCUACAUAUCUAAUAACAAAGUGCAUUUAUAAAUAACUAGCAUGCUAAGUCUAAAGUUAGUUUACAGUAAUCUCAAAACAAAAGGAUAAAGACACUGAUUUUAACCGUAAAGGCGUAAAACUGGAGUGAAAUGGAAUCAGAAGAUGAGUGUCGGAUAACUCGGUGUGUGUGGUGUGUUGUUCUGGAUAAACAGUUUGUGCACAUGUGAUGAUUCUGUAUGAACAGGAAGAUGUGUGUGUAUAAAUGUUUUAAAUCUGUUUAAUGAAGAAUGUAACAGUCGUCUGUGAUUAAUGAAGAGACUGAUGAUGUGUUCAUGAAGGAUGAAGAGAAGGUUAUGAUGCGUACAGAGUGUUCGACUGUAAAAGGUAAAGUUAUCGUGUUUGACUAAAGGAUCGUCUUUAGGAUUUUUAAUGACCGUGAUGUAUUCUGGAUGCUGAUCAUCAGGGACGCGUUUGAAGAAGAGCUGCAUCGUGGAUGCCAAAGGGGUGGAAAGUGACUGCUCUUCUUUCUCUACCUUUAAAUCUGAGUGAAAGACUUUUUCACUUCAGAGCAUAUUUCUCUUCCUCCUUUCCUGCUCAUUCCUCCCUUUCUUUUAAACUCCCUCCCAUGUUUAACAUGCGACAGGAUUUCAGCGUGUGUUCGAGAGGCGAGAGGAACACACAUGGUUCCUUGGAUUUUUAUGGGUAUUCUGUGGUUCCUCAAUGUUUCUGGAGAAUUUAUCAACCCAGUAAUGAGAGGCAGAACCACAGAGUUACUGUAAGCACAGAGAACAAAACAAUAUAUAAAUAUAUAAAUGUGUAACUGUACUUGUAGUAUAUUCCUGUAUAUGGACACAAUAUUGGAAAGAAAAUAAAAGACUUGGCUUCAUUUGACAAACACAAGUUUAUGCAAACGACUUUUCCUUAUUCACCAGUUUUAUCUUCGCCGAAUCUGUCUGAUCAAAGUCACAUGAAAAGUUUGUGCAAAUUUAUUCAUAACAUUCUCACAACCUGACAAAAAGAUUUGUCAUGAUUUGUUCUCGUGUUUUAUUUCAUUAAAGGAAUUCUGCACUUGUUCUCGCCUCCACUCUGCACUCAUGACACAUUCUUAGAACAACAGUGUUCCUCC